UUCGGUCUUAAAUAUCUCUCUAAUUUUUCCUUUAGCUUUCCUUGUCUAUGGCUUCUUCUCUCGUCUGCAAUUCCCUUCUCCGUCUCCAAGCUUUAACUCACUGUUUUUCUCUUCUCCACCCUUUCCAGUUUCCAAUUCAUCGUAGGAGAAGAAAAAGCUGUCCGUGCUUUGAGGUUUUUGGAGUGUCUGCCAACGGAACUGUUGUGUAAGAGAGAGAUAUGGGGAUGGUGGCGGCAGAGGUGUAAUUUCGAUUGAAUUGUCAAAAGAUGGACUCACGUUCGGAUCAUUCAGUUACAUUCUUUAGUUUUCUCGACCGAAUGCGUCAUCCUGCUUCGCUCGAUCUCGUUCGAUCUAUCAAGAGCUUCCUGGUAUCAUUUUCGUUCUACACCUCCAACGCUGAAAAUGAUAGCAAAAAGGUACAAGAAUUCUUCUCGAGGAUGGAGACUGCUAUUAGGGAUCAUCCAUUAUGGGCCAACGCAUCUGAAGACGAUAUUGACUGUGCAUUGGAGGGUUUAGAGAAGUAUGUCAUGACAAAAUUAAUUUCCCGGACAUUAGCAUCCUCUCCUGAGGAUGUUAAGAUUGAUGAGGAGAUCUCAGACAAAAUAUGCAUGUUGCAAGCAUUUUUAAGGCCAGAGCAUCUGGAUAUACCGACCGUGCUUCAGAAUGAAGCUUCAUGGCUGCUUGCAGUGAAAGAACUGAAGAAGAUCAAUGCAUUCAAAGCUCCUCGUGAGAAGCUCUUCUGUAUCAUGAAUUGUUGCAAGGUCAUCAACAAUUUGUUGCUAAAUGCAUCAGCCUCAGGAAACUGUGUCCUGGCAGGGGCUGACAAUUUUCUUCCUGUUCUUAUAUAUGUUACGAUCAAGGCUAAUCCUCCACAGUUGCAUUCCAAUCUCAAAUUCAUCCAGUUAUACAGGAGGCAUGCAAAACUUGUCUCUGAAGCUUCCUAUUAUCUCACUAGUCUUGUCUCAGCCAAGACUUUUGUUGUUGACUUAAGUGCAAAGUCUCUUUCCAUUGAGGAGGUUGAAUAUGAGGAAACGAUGCAAGCAGCAAGACUGACCAACAAAUCCACUCAUUUAGACCCCUCUCUUGUCUUUGAUGACACCAAGAGAAUGCCAGAUCAUGGCACAACAACAACACACUUUGAAGACACCAAUAGAAGUGAGCCUUCUCCUGUCUUAGACACCAAGGGAAUGCCAGAUCAUUGCACGACAACAACACAUGCUGAAGACACCAAUAGAAGUGGGUUAAACUAUCCAUUCAUGGAAGCCGAGGCUGGAGAACUGACAGUUGGAGAUGUGGAAAGAUUGCUCGCACUGUACAAGGAAGUUGUCACAAAGUACAGUAGCCUGUGCAACAAUGUCGGAUAUUUUUCUAUUUCAAGGAGACGUCCACUACUGCAUGAAUUGACCAGGGAUUCAUCGAUACUUGCUGACAAAAAAUAUUCCAGUAGUGCUGUCAGUAAAGAAAGAGGAAGAAAGGAGGAGAAUAUGAGUUGUAAGUUGGGAGAAGAGGCAGCAACAGUCAGCGAACAAUCAACAAGCAAAAUGGAGGAAGAACCGCCCAACAUUUGAGCAUAUUGAUUUUCUUUAUGAUUCUUUCUAUAGAAUUCUACUUUACAACGGAAUCACAUAAUUAUAUAUGUACAUUGUAAGAAUUUUGUAAGAAUUUUAUUUGUCGGAAGGGGGAAAGUAUAUUAUAGGAGAAAAAA